AUGGUUGGCGCAAACAAGAGGAAGUCAAAACACGAGUUCGUCGAGGAGUUUGCCUGGAUGGGGUUUCCGAUGAAAGCAUGGCUGAUUAAUCAAUCCAUCCGAGAUGAUCGGCAGGAACAGCGGCGGGGAGCAGCUCCGCUCUCCCAUCUUUUGCGCUCAGUUCAGAUAUCUCCGUCACUGAAGAACCUCUGCAUCAUGAGCAAUUCCGAUAUCAAUAUCCUGCAACUGCCGAACCCCGCGCAUAUCCAAGCGGACUCGAUGCUGGCCCGACGCUUCGGCAAGGAGACUGUAAACUACUUUGGAGGCUCUCCAUUGAACCGCCUCUCCUUCCUCCGAACGGACCAUGCAUUUCUCAGUGCUGCCGUGAAGCAUCCGUCCACCCGCUUCGUUCUCCUCAAAGACCUGUCGCCCCUGAUCAAGGGUCCCAACUCCUUAUACCAUGCGGAAUACAAGGAUGUGCAGAAGCUUGUGCCCCCAACAAUUUUCGAUAAAUCCGAGGAGGAGAUGAUGAAGGAAUAUGACUCGCGCAUUACCAAGCCAGACUUGGUGUUUUUGGGCGUUGACGAAAGUGCCGCGGAUAAUGUGCACACUGAUGAGGAGCUGUUGCAAUGGAAGAUUUAUAAAGGGCGACCUUACUUUGCGCUAGAUGUUAGCGAGAAAGGCACUGACGAGCAGAAAGCUGAGGCCAAGGCUGUUGUAGAGGAGCUUGCGGCUAGAGGGAUUACACCAUUUACUACACGCCAACAUUUGCUGCAGCCGCCAAACGACGGUGCCAUUUAUGCCCAAGCGCGUGCUUACAUGGACUGGAAUAAUCGGAACAAGUUCUGCGGAACAUGCGGUCAUCCUACUCUUUCCGUCAACGCCGGCACAAAACGCGCAUGCCCACCCACUGAUAAGGCACUAGCUGCAGAGGGGAAGAACCUAGAGAAGCAAGCCUGUUCCACUCGCACAACCAUCUCCAAUCUUUCAUUCCCUCGAACCGACCCUACUAUCAUCGUCGCUACUCUCUCUGCUGACGGCAAGCGACUCCUACUCGGCCGCUCUAAACGUUUCCCACCAAACUGGUACUCGACUCUGGCCGGUUUUAUUGAGCCCGGUGAGUCUGUUGAGGACGCUGUGCGCCGUGAGGUCUGGGAAGAGGCAGGUGUGAGACUGUCGCGAGUCGUUAUUCACUCCACACAGCCAUGGCCAUAUCCUGCCAAUCUCAUGAUUGGAGCUAUUGCGCAAGUCAGUGACCCAGCGCAUGAAACCAUUAACUUGGAACAUGACCCUGAACUCGAAGAUGCGAAAUGGUUCUCUAUUGCUGAGGUCGAAGAAGCAUUGAAGAAUGGUGCUAGUAUGAUUGGCGAGCCGCCCAGCAAGGAUUACGUCGAGGGCAAUUUGAGACUGCCCCCGGUCACUGCUAUAGCGAACCAGUUGAUACAAGCGGCUAUCAACCAGGAAUAUGUCGGCGACAAGCUUGCCAGGAUAUAG